AUGCAUGUGAGAUCUUCCUUGAAAAAUGAUUUACACCAGCCGAAUCUUGUUUUUGGACCCGAUUUGGAUGUCACACUGCCAAUUUCUGUAAGGCUUCACUGGCCAACCGAUGGGCUUCACUCGCGGUUAUUAGCCCAUCAGUUGGCCAGUGAAGCCUUACAGAAAUUGGCAGUGUGUGACAUCCAAAUCGGGUCUAAAAACAAGAUUCGACUUGAUGCAGCUCGAUCAAAGAUUGGUGGCCCCUUAAUGAUAGUGGGGUGUAAAUCAUUUUUCAAGGAAGAUCUCACCUGCAUGAUUAACACUCGCAAUUCAUAUAAUGGAUGUAAGAAACAAGAUUUGCUCUUUUAUCCUACUUGCGACGAACAGGGUAAUCUUCAAUUACCAGGACCCGAGAUAUUCGAAAAUGAUUCAAAGUUAUUUGGAAAGGAAUAUGCGAGUGUUCUGGCAGAUAUCAAUGCAGUAGAAGCUGAAAUCGCAGCUUCAAAGUCAAGGGAUAAGGAUGUUGUUGAGUAA